CAAUUGGUCCAUUGCCCAACACUCUAUAACUAACAAUCAAGAACUGAACUGAGAAGUCCAGUAGGAAACAUGGGAGUUUUAGAAGCCAGUGCCAUGAGCACCAUGAUGAGGCCGGUGCUGCACCUGAUGGUUGGGCUGGUCCUCUACGGGGUCGCCGAGGAGAUGACCGUGCCGGCGCUCGUCGACAAGGUCACCGCCGCGCUCUGCCCCGCCGACGACAGGUCGUGCCCGGAGGCUAUUUACCUCACCGGCCUCCAGUCUUCGGUAGGAGGGAUCUUUAGGACGAUUGGAUUCACUCUGAUGGGGCAGCUGGCUGAUGAAUAUGGCCGGAAGCCUCUCCUCCUUCUAACUGCCUCCACUUCCAUCAUCCCUUUUGCUGUGCUUGCGUGGAACAAUUCAAGGACUGCUGUGUAUGUCUACCUUGUUCUGCGUACCCUCUCAUUCAUGAUUGGUCAAGGAACCAUAUUCUGCCUCUCUAUUGCAUACACGGCAGAUGCAGUUGAACCAUCAAGGAGGGCUGCUGCAUUUGGUUUCAUGACAGGAAUUUUCUCUGCCUCACACACUUUGGGCAGUGUAUUUUCAAGGUUUCUGCCUGAGAAGUUGAUUUUUGAGGUCUCAAUUGCCUUGUUGAUUUGUUCUAUCCUCUACAUGAAAAUAUAUUUGAUUGAGACAGUUCAAAAAGCUCCUUCUACAUCAUCUCAUCAUUCGUCCAUGUCAGCUUUGCUUGCCAAGUUACCACAACAACGGUGGGAAUCUAUUAAGGAGAACAUUAGCAUAGUCAAAAACAGUCAAACACUUAGGCGGAUCUCAUAUGUUGCUUUCUUCUACAAAUUGGGCAUGAUUGCCAUUAGCGACGUCCUAAUGUACUACCUAAAGUCAGUAUUCGGCUUUGACAAGGAUCAGUUCUCAGAAAUUCUAAUGGUGGUAGGCGUUGGUUCAAUCUUUUCACAGAUUUUGAUCCUCCCCUUUCUUAGCCACAUAAUUGGUGAAAAAGGCGUCUUAUGCAUUUCAAUACUUGCCUCCAUUGCUUAUGCUUUGCUUUACGGUGUUGCAUGGGCUUCAUGGGUUCCAUAUUUUAGCUCUUCACUGGGUGUCAUCUAUGUUCUGGCCAAACCAGCAAUAUAUGCAAUCAUUUCAGGGGAAGUACUCUCAACUGAUCAGGGAAAAGCACAAGGUUUUAUUGCAACCGUGCAGUCUGUAGCUAUAUUGUUGGCACCUCUGUUUAUGAGCCCGCUAACCUCUUACUUCAUUUCACCGGAAGCUCCCUUCGAUUGUAAAGGUUUCAGUUUUAUUGUGGCCAGUUUUUUCUUGGCAAUCUCCUUUUGUCUUGCUUGGACGCUUAAUCCUGAAAGCAAGGACGACAAACGCAGGAAACUUGUUGUUUCUGAUGAAGAAGCCGUGCAAGCACCGCUACUGGCUCAUCGUCCCAAACCAUGAGCCCAUGAAAUUGAACAAAAAUACCGACAACUCUAACAUAACGUUAAUAUAACAGCUUCUAUGUACAUACAUCGGAAGUCAAAUGAGUACUUGUAGGAGCCACUGGUCAAGUAAUCCUGAGUUCCUGCUCACUAAUUUAGCUCCAGGCCAGUAUGGCCAAGUCAAGUGCACAUUAGUGGUAGCGUGGCAGUAUGUAAAAUUGUGUUUAUAGCAGUUGUAAUUUUGCAUGUAUAUCGAUGAAAGUAGUGGAGCAAUAUAUGUAUUCGGGUUUGGUUUUACCUCUCAACAAACAUGCAUAUAUUUCGCAUUUUAAA